AUGAAUAAUAAUUAAGUAUUUGAUGAGUUGGAAGAGUUUAUUUAGCAGCAAAAGUUAAACAAUAGUUUAAGAAUAGAGGCUAAAGUUGGGACAAUUAUUGCCAAAACAGAAGAGGCUUUAAUCGAUUUAAAAUACUUUUAAGAUGUUUUUAUUAAUGUGGAAAGCAAAAUAGAAAAAAAAAGUUAUAGAUUUGAAUCGGCUAUUUCUUAAUUAGACUAUUAAAAAGCAAGCUAAACUAUAAAAAGCGAAUAAAGGUGGGAGUUUACUCUUGAUAUUAUCUUUGCUUUAUCCUAUGCCACUCAAUUAUCUUUUAGAAUGGGAUAUGAUGAAAAAGGAAGAAUUUUUUGUAUACUUUUUCGUAAAUAUUUAGGUUAUGAGAGGAAAAAAGAACUAAAAUCAAAACAUUUAGACAUAAUAGACAAUGGAAGAUAAUAUAGAAUAACAUUAGCUUAAUAUGAUAUUAUAGAUUAUAAUUAAACAGAUGUUUGCCUAGAGAAAAUUAGAGAAUAUUUGAAGAACAAAUAAUUAUAAAUCUCAUGUAUCAGAUAUAAAUAAACAAUGAUUUAUUAAUCUGAUGAGUAUUGCGAAGGCUUUGUCUUCAAAGUUUAAUAAAUUGAAAAAAAUAAAUAAUCCUUUAUGAUGGAUAUUGCAAAAGAGAUUAUAAAUAUGAAUAAUACUUUUAAAAAGAAUUUAGAUAACGCAUUAGAAUUGUUAUAAUAAAAUAGUAAACAUAUUAUUUAAUUAUAGAAAAUUAUUAUAAACCUUUCUAUGAAGCAGAGUUAUCUAUUAAAUAAUAAUAAAUUGCUAAAUCAACUAAUAUCCUUGUUAAUCACUAUAUAACAAAAAUUUAAUAAUUUCAUGAUAAUGUACGAGCUAAGAAUCCUGAACCAACUUAAUUUGGAGUUAGAGAUUCUUAAUUAAAAAAAAAUAAUAUUAAAUAAGAUUAAAAAUAAGGAAACUAUAGAUCAUAAAAAGACUCAUAGAUAAAAACAAGAGGAUAAUUUUAAACUUAAUAAUAGGAUAGAAAUUUACAUGAAGAUAAUUACAUAGACGAAAGUACAAAAAAGGCAGAAAAUUAAUAACAAGAGUGCAAACAGCAAUUUUUAAAAUAUCAGACACGAGGUAGAGGUAGACGUGGGUAUGGAUAUGGAAAAGAAAGAGAAGAAUAUAUAAAUGAUGAUGAAGAAUAAUUUCAAAGUAGAGAAGAAGAUUAUUAUUGAUGAAUGAAUUGGGU